UAGUAAAGUUGGUUGAAUUGACAAAUUUAGUAAUUUGGUUCUGGCAAGAAGAAUCUAUCUACACUCUUUUUUUAAAUCCAGAUAAGCUGACCUGUACUUUCCGCAGGUAAAAAGACACCUCACCAAACCAAAAUCUUAGCCGUUGAUGUCAGUCACAAACUCAUCCUGACCGUUGAUUCACCGUUUUACCAGUCGAACUUGCCAAAAAUAACAUAAGUCGUCACUGUCACGAGAAGGGGCUCCAUGGAAGAAACAAAAGCGUUUUCUCUCCAUGGAUUCCUCAUAUCAGAUUCAAAAUUUGAAAUACAAAAAUCAGAAUCUUAUAGAGUUUCAAAUUAAAAAAAAAAACGAAGACCAAUUCUCUCUUCUUCUCCUUCGUUUCCACGAUUCGUAACACUUAUUUUCUUUAUAUAUUUGCUUUUUCUCCUUUUGCAUUUCCCAGAAAGGCAAAGAAAGAGAUAAAUUGUUGAAUUCAUAGAGAGGAGAUUGAUAUUGCUAGCUUCUUCUGCUUUCUACUUCCUUUUCUUGGUGGUUGAAGGAUUCAGCGAACUCUUACUAUGUUCGUUGUGUGAAUUAAAUAUUAUUUAAUGGAUACGCUCACAUGUUGUGACUGUGGAUGCGAAGAUUGCUCUUCUCAUAAACACGACGAAUUCUCCAACAACAAACCACGUGACGCACGUGACCUCUCCCUCUCCCUCUCCUCCUCCAACGCCAAAGUCCAAAUCGAGAACGAAUGCCACCUCCUCCGCGAAACCGUCGCCUCGCAACAAGAAUCGAUCCAAGACCUAUACUCCGAGCUCGACGAGGAGCGCAACGCCGCCUCCACCGCCGCGAACGAGGCGAUGUCCAUGAUCCUGAGGCUCCAGAGAGAGAAGGCCGAGGUCGAGAUGGAGCUGAGGCAGUUCAAGCGAUUCUCCGAGGAGAAGAUGGAGCACGAUCGGCAAGAGCUCUUGGCUCUUGAGGAUCUGGUGUACAAGAGAGAGCAGACGAUCCAGGCCUUGACGUUUGAGGCUCAGGCUUUUAGGCAUAGGAUGAUGAGUUAUGGUGUUAGCGAAGAAGCUGACGUUGAUGACGUGGCGAAGAACGUGUAUGAUUAUGAUUAUCCUCCUCUUAAGUGUAGUUUGAAUGAGAAUCCCGAGGUUGAGGUUGAUGUUGAAAAGUACACGUUGACUGAUUCGUCGCCACGUGGAGGGGAUAAUUUGAGUAGUUUGCCACGUCAGAGUCCUAAGCGUCAUAGACAUUUCAGGAAGGUUUCUACUGGUAGUUCGAGUUCACUAUUGGGAACUACUAAUAGAGACCAAAGGCCUGAUUUUUCUGUUGAUUCCCCACGCUUCAACGGCGAGAUGCAUGAUAGAAUCUAUACCAUUGAUUCUGUUCAUCAGGGUGAUGCUGAGGAGAAGUGUAAGGUUGAUGGCGAAAUGAAUCAGCCUGAUCAUCUUGGUGAUCCUGAUAUAGUGAAACUCUACGCGAGGAUGCAAGCGUUGGAGGCUGAUAGGGAGUCGAUGAGGCAGGCGAUUGUGUCGAUGAGGACCGAGAAAGCUCAGAUGGUUCUGUUGAAAGAGAUUGCGCAGCAUUUGUCGAAGGAGGUUGUUCCGGAACGGAGGCUGCCUCUAAGGAAAGCGUCUAUCGUUGGAGUGUUCAGUUUCUUAUCUGUCUUUAAGUGGAUCACAUCUUUUGUUUUCUGGAGAAAGAAGGCUCGUCGAAGCAAGUACAUGAACGGGGUGCAAGCGAACAACAUGGGAUUGGAAAUGCUUCUAGAAAAGACUCCUCGGAUAAGGCAAUGGAGAUGUCUUUCAAGCACGCAAGUGUGACGUAGAUCAUGUUCUCCAACUAGGUGAAUUUGAAGCGCUUAAUGUGUAUACUGGGAGACUGCAGUCUUCUUCAUGUGCAGUUUUUUUUUAUUCUUUAUUUUUUUUAUGUUCAUUUGUUGUUGGGAGUUUGAAUGCGUAAUGUCUUGAAUGGGGUUUGAUUGUUUGUGUAAUGAGAUCGGUGAGGAUACUGUAAGCUGUGUAUAAUAUUUUCCACAUUCUUGUUUGGGUUCUCUCUGGUUAUCGGAGCUUAGUGAGUGUUGUAUAUUGAUCGUCUAAGUUCUCAAUCCUUAGUGAAGCUACUACCAUCAAUCAAAAUAUAAUCAAUUACGGUUCAUACCCGAGAGAUUUUGCAUUGGUUUUCUGAUUCUAGUUCAAUUGUUAAGGCCUUUUCUUGUGUAUUUUUUAUUUUGUACCUAUUUGUUGUUUUGGAGCAGGUUAGAGCACCUGCAACGCAGGAUUUAAAGUAAUCCUUAACUGUUCAAAAAUUAAUAAAAUAAUUAUGUGGGAUCCGUGUUUUUAGGUUUUUGUGUCACCAAAGGUUUAAAUAAUCCUUGCUUAAGGAUUUAUUUUUAUGCAAUAUCGUUACUAUUUAUGGGCCUAGAAUGAUUAUCUCUUCUUUUCAGUUUAAAAAAAAUAAAUAACAAUAAAAAAAUUCUAAUUACUA